CCUCAGCAUAUCAACUUUUUUUUCAUUUACUUUUAUAAAGCAGAGCCUCUCCGCGAUGACAUUUGGAGGUACGUCCACAGAAGCAGACACCGCGGAGGCAUCUGUUGCAGACAUUUCACGCGUUGCCAUGGUAGAUGUGAAUCUGCAGAUGAAGUCAGCCAGGUGAUUUCAGAACUGUUUCCUGUGCGGGCGGACUGGCUUGCAAGUUUCAGUUCCUGUGCAGUGCAGUAAAGCUACUCACCUGGUCAGAGGAUCACAAUGAAACAAGCUCAGGAGCGUAACCAGGAGUGCCUACCUCCUAAGAAGAGGGAUCUCCCAGUUAGUAACAGUAGUGGAGCUGGAGGGACAGGCGGAGGUGGGGCUUCAGGAGGAGGAGGAGGAGGAGGAGGAGGUGGCGGUGGCGGUGUCGGCGGCAGUGGUGCUGGUAGUGGUAUUGGAGAAGAUGAAGUGGUUUCCAUCCAGAACUCUGUGUGCAACAGUGACUCUCAGGGAGGGACCCCUUCUGGAGAGUGGCUGCGAGCUCAGCCAGGGCUUCAUUAUGGAGCUGAUAGUUCUGAUGGCAUACCAGCAGUGCCAGUUGACCAGUACAGUAUGCUUUAUAAAGUAGCUCUUCCAUCUGUUACUUACUCGCCUACCAGUCUUCACCCAGUGUUAAGCCACAUCUCUCCAGCCUACACUGUACACUCUCCUCUCUUGCAGCAUCCAGGCCUCCCAUAUCCUCCUCUUGGUUAUGCCCAGAUCCCUCAUUCCUCUCUUCAGUUUGUUAGCUCCCCUUAUGCAGCAGUACCCUACGCUCUGCCCCCUGGCUUUGUCCCAGGCUCAUUAAUCUCUCCCUCAGGCACCAUCCCUCAGUCCCAUGCAGUAUCCCACCUUGUUCCCUACCCAUCUGUCAUACAGGAAGGGGUUGUUUCCCCACCUCCCCCGGGCCAGGUAGCUGCUCAUACCUUUGCCAAAGUUGCAGCAUCCAGCAGUGUCCCGCUGAUGUUGCCUUCAGAGCAAGCUGCCCAGCAGCACCUUGGUACUGUAGGGGUCCUACCUGCAACAGAGCUCAGCUCUCGAGGGAUUCCAGUCUACUACCACCCUCAGGGCACCAGGGCUGCCACUGCCACCAGAGACCCACAUAGUGUCCAUCAGGAGAAUGAACCAGAGAUGAAUGGUGGGGAUAAAGAGCAGGGAGCCAGGGAGGUUGUACCAGACUCAGCCUACGCUGCUAGAAAUGCACGUCUGCAGCAGGUAGCACCUAGCUCUGCAGCACAGGAGCACAACCAGGACAGAAGUCUGCAGAGCCGCAGGUUGGAAGAGAGGAGCUCACCUGGCCAACGCAGCACUCCAGACAGCGACCUGGAAGUGCAGCAGGUGGUUGGCCGUUUGGCCUUCUCUGGCCAAGGCAGCAGUGGGGGGAGAAAAGAGGUCUCCUUUGCUCCCUUGAACCUCUCUCAGGGUGCCCAGAGAGCCAGAGAUGUCCAUGGAGAGAACACAGGAGUCAUUUCUGGCCGCACUGCAUACACAGCCCAAACCGUGAGUUACAGUGACCCCAGAAUGACGAGUCUCCAGCAGCAAACAGGGCAGCCAGGCCAUGCUGUCAUGCUAGCCAAUGGGCAACCAGUCCUUAUUCCCCUGGAGUAUCAUCCACAGCAUCAGCCCCAACCACCACAGCAACACUACCCAGGACAGGCUAAUGAUGCCUCAGCCAGCCAUGCCUCUACUGCCAUGGCCUCCUCCAACCCCAGCUUUAAAGCCUCUGAUCCUUCAGCCAGAGUGUGCCUCUCUGAACGGGCUUUGGGCGAGCCAGCCACAGCUCAGCAGCAGCAGCAGCUUCCUCAGCAGCCACCUGUCCAGCCUACAGCAGAUGCGACUCAGGCCUUAGCUUCAAGCCUCAUUCCUGCCUCGGCUCCCUGCAAUCCAUCGCACUUCAUGAAGGGUGCCAUUAUUCAGUUGGCAACUGGGGAACUGAAGCGUGUGGAGGACCUGCAGACUCAGGACUUUGUACGGAGUGCUGAGGUGAGUGGGGGGCUCAAAAUUGACUCCAGCAUGGUGGUGGACAUCCGUGCCAGUCAGCAGAGACCAGGUCUUGUGUCACUUCACUUUACUGUUGGGGAGCAGCAGAGCAAAGUGACCAUUGAUGUGCCCCCGGAGCACCCCUUUUUUGUGUUCGGCCAGGGCUGGUCAUCUUGCAGCCCUGAUCGCACGGCUCAGCUCUACGGCCUGGCCUGCCAUCACCUGCAAGUAGGAGACGUGUGUGUGUCUAUCACCCUGCAGCAGCAGCUUCAGCCACAGCAACAGAAACAACCGCAGCACCAUCAUUCACAGCAGCAACAGCAGAACCUGUCCAGGACUUUGAGCAAAACCAAUGCUACAUCAGGACCUGGUCACCAGCUCAUGGGGCCACCUGCCCCUCAGCAGUCACGGCCUCAGUCUCACUUCAGGAUAGACCGCAUUCACAGAGAAAGACAGAGGGAGGGGGAUAAAGAUAUGAUUGAUAAGGAGGAAGCCACACACUUGGGGGUUGUUGGGCACACUGAGCCACCCAUCAGGCCAAGUAGGACCUCAGCAGAGCAUCCCAGGAGUCAGAGCAGUUACCACUUGCACACAGAGGGCUCCGCUUUUACAGGAGCAGGAAUGGGAGCAAUGCAGGCUGCACUAGGUGCUUCUCAGAGGCGUUGGUCCUCGCCUGGCCUCCAAAGAUAUAGUAUGAAGGGAGACGAAGGGCAGCGCCCUCAGAUAAGCACCUCUGGCCACACAAGGCCCUCGUUCAUUCCCCAGGAGGUCAAACUGUCCAUUGAGGGGCGCUCUAAUGCAGGGAAGUAGCAUCACAUUUGGUAGCAACUGUAGAAGAGACUGCCACGAGUAAAAAUGAGUCUGACGAGGAGAGAAAGAGGAAAAAAAGAGUGUGAAUGUAGCCUCAGAAUGUUUGAGAUUUUGCACACCUAACAAAAAAAAAACAAGAUCUUUGUUGUAUCUGGUGAGAAGAUCUGGUUUUGGUUUCACUCAGCCAAAUGAUAAGAGCCUGUGGUUUCCCAGCCAGCCGAUGUCUGACAGGGACAUGAGAAGCUGAGUAGAAAGUAUGUAGCUGAUGAAAUGCCUACCAUAGUCCUUACACACUGCAUUUCUCUUCCUCCCUCCCUCCUUUGUCACCACUUCCUCAUAUUCACGCUUGGAGGUCACCAUCUCCUUCAGAAUAGUCUUGCUUCCUUUUUGACCAACAUGAACUACGAAAGAAUGUGUUUGUAGCACAGUGAAGCUACCAACUCUGCAGGUUCUGAGUACUGAAAAAAUUACAGCCAAUGACCUUUUAUCUCCAUUCCUAGAUCCUGUUUCCUUCUAAAGCAUUUACCCAAAAAAGAGUGAGUUUGCUGACAUCAGCAGCUCCUGCGGUGAUGUUGACAGUGUUGAUGCCAACUGUCAGUAUAUGUUACAUUAUGCUUCUUCGGCAGGAGUCUCUCCCUUCCUUGCUUUUCAGAAGGCGGGUCUGCAAAGAGUUGGAUAGCUCUCUCAGGCCAAGCGUGGCAUGUCCCACUUGUCUUACAAUCGAAAAAAUAGUGAAAUCAAUCAGUCUCUCUAUUCAGCAAUCGAAUUUCACUCCAAAAAUAGUUUGCAUUCAUCAUUAAACACUGUCACGCCCUCUGGUUUGGGCUGACGUAACUAAUACGUGUGUUUUUUGCAUUAAUGCCACAAAUUUGAAUCAUGCUUUGUUCUCUAUGAAUGUUAGAUAUAUCUUGCAUUCCAGUAUCAUUAGUGAGAAAAUCCAUCAGUUGGUGUUGAAAUUCUUCAUUUAGAGAAUUAUUUCCCAUUCCCAGCGACACCCUCCCUCCUCCUCACUAUACCUCAAAGCUUUCCAGACCAGACUGGUAACUUCUACAUGCAAUUUUGAAGCGGCGUAAUUAAUGGAGGAGGCACUGGCUGGUCAUCACCAAAGCCACCUGUGGGAACGAACAUCCUGUCACAUCACUGACUGCAGCUGACACUGGGCUGGAAGGGCCUUCUAGUUUGAAAGAAACCCUGCGUGUGAGUGAAUCAUCCAUGAGGUGUUCUCUUUGUCCUCAACCUGAGUUACUGUUUGCUCAGUUACCAAAUUGAAGCAAUAGUUCUUUUCACACCUCGCGGUUGUUCUGCUCUCCACAAAUAAUUUUUCAAUCAAUACAUUCAUCUCUUUUAACCCCGACUUUUAAAGGUGAUGUACCGUUUUGUGUUCAUUUUCAUUAAUUCUUCAGUUGUCCAAACAAGCAAAGCAUGUCUUUGACAAAUUUCCCCCGUUGUAAAACGUUGUAAACCGCUUUUUUUGUUUGAUUCUCCAUCUCACUGAUGAUAUUAUUUUCUUGUAUGGAUUUAUUCAAGUGCAUCUCCAAGAGAGGCUUGACUCUAAGUUGUGAACAUUAUCAAGUUUUCUUCUGUAUUGUUUUUUGUUUUGACUUAUUCCAGUACAGUACGGUCCUUCGCUGUCGUGCUAGGAUAUACUUUAUCCAACGCAUCUUAUGAUUGUCUUGUGUUGCACAAAUGUCACUCUGAUUUCACACUGACCUUGUAAUAGGAAUCACAGUACAGUAGAUGUGUUUUUUUUAUGAAGGGAAUAUGUUUGAAGUAUUGUUGUUGGUGUUUUGUGGUGAGAGCGAGAGAAAAAAAACUGACUUGCAUUUUUAACUCUGUUUACAAAUUAGCCAAGAUGAAUGCUGCAGUUUCCUCGUGGUGACAGUUUUUUUAAAUCCUCGUCACUGCGAAAAAAAAAUCCAAAAGGGUGAAAUAGAAAAUAAGUGCAAUUAGAUCACAUAAAAUCAUUCAGAGGUGUAUAAUCAGACUGCAUACCAUGCACAGACAUUCCCGUUUGAAAAGUGUGAAUCACACAGUACCAGUUAGCUUUUCCUUACCUCUGACAAAACAUUUGAUCGCCUUAGAAUAGUUCAUACAUUUUUUUUCUCAUAACUCCUUUCAUGUAUGUGCUCAGGCAUAAAUCUAAAGAUUUGUUACUUGCAUUGUUGUCAGUUUUGUGUCCAACUAAUGUGCUGGUGUCAGUACUUGCAGACUUUUGAGCUAGCUUGACUAUCAGCCCCCAGUCACUGUUAGAAAUGAUGUCUUCUGACCAAUGAGGGUUCUGCUUCCAGUGCUACACAGAAGCAAACGUAAUAAGAGUAAUUUCAUAUACACUCACCUCUCUAAAGCUUCCUGGUGGUCCUUUGAGUACACAACCUUAUGCUCUGUCCUUAGGUUGAGGGGCAUGAAAGAAAUAUCCCACAGGAGUGACCCGAAGGGAGCCAAGUAAACUCAUCCACUGGUACUGUUUUUAUGAGAUUCCCAUUCAGAAAAUAGUUUUAUUACAGUUUGAGAACACACAUCACAAGGUCACCACAUUUUUUUCACACUGUAAGCAAUACACAUAAUACCUGAAAACAUUUCACGUAGUCUUGGCGUUUUCUAUGCAGUAAACUCAGUAUUGUAAAUGUCAUUGUCUUAAGUGGACCUCUCUCAAGCAGCAGAGCAGGUUGGCUGAUGCAGUCUUUUUACGCUGAUGUCUGGUUAUAGGACCUUUGCUUUAUUCUUCUAGUGAUACAAACCAGUAUUUUGCUCUGCUACUUUCUUCUUUUUUUUGCCCAAUGGUUCCCAUCUUCCCCCUCCCCCUUUUAAUUCACAGUAAACUCUUAUUGUCUUCUUACAAUGCCACACAGCUGGAGUUAAACCUCUCAAAAUGAGUGUUGCUCCAAUUUCUGCGUGUUUAUCCAGCAUUGUUUUUGGCACUAUUACCAAGCCACUUCAACAUUGUAUUUUAUGUCAGGAUGCAUGUGGUGGGUUUUGAGCGGUGCAGGCAGCGCCACCUGUGACUUUACCUCCUGCUAAUUCUUGCAUCAAGGCCAUCCUGCGCCAUCACGAGCCUUCAAGCAGGAGAGCUCUACUCGUACCAUGAUGUCCGGCGGAUUUUACUCACAUCACUUGAUAGUCUGUUGCUGUAAUUGCACUAAAUGCCCUUCUUUACAGUGUUUAAAACUGUUGGUAAACUGAAGAGUUUCAAAAUUGUAAAGCACACAAAAUCAUGGAGAAAUCACAAGUUGUGUGUUUCUGUAGAUAGAUGUUUUUUGGGUUUUUUUUGUACAGAUAGCUUUGAUGAUGCUUGUCGAUAAUGCCUUAAAUUCUGCUUUGUACAAUGUGUGUUGACAUAAUGGAAUAAUGCUUCUGGUAGACUCUGUGUUCCCUUUUCAGACUGUGCAAGAGCAAAUCACAAAUGUCCAGCCUUGACCCUCUUGUCAUGCUUACAACCUGAAAUGAAUAUUUAGAUGUCUCAAAGGGUGACAAUGAAUUCCCUUUUGGCCCCCAGACGGUUCAACCAUGAAAUCUGCAACUUUAAUCGUGUGUGUGUGUGUGAGAGAGAGUGAGUGAGAUGAUCUAUUCCGUUACAGUUCAGAAUGCACUCUUAACAUUUAAUUCCUGUUUUUUCCAUGUGUGGGAGUGAAGUACAUGUAAGCACUUCUUACAAGACAAUGCCAAGAGUGUCAGCAACAGACGGCAAUCCAUCAACUCCACACACACACACACACACACACACACACACACACACGGACAGACACACACGGACAGACACACGCACAUCUGUUAUUUUUCACUAUUGUUGCACAGGAUGCAUACUUUUUUCAUGCAUAGAGUAAAUGGAUUGUGUUUGGUGUAUUGUGCUUCGUCCUACACAACAACAGAAGGUGGUUUUGAGUGUAUGGAGACAGGCUGCAUAAAUCAGAUAGCUUUCCAUUGGUGGUAAUGUGAUGGUUUAUUUGUUUUCGUGACGUUGGCAGUGCAGAUUUUUUUUUAAAUCUCCCUGUGUGAUCUACUUCCUGUUGUUUGAUCCAGUAUUGAACUACAAAGGUGAAUUUAACACUGUUUCGGUAUUGCUGAUGUCGAAUUAAAUCAGGAGAAAUACAGAACGGUUUAAAGUUUUAAAGAAGUCUGUAUUUUCAGAUUUGACAUUGUACUUUUUUGGCACAAGGUGACACUGCUUUUUACGUGAUGUGUAACUAUCUUAAAAACAAAACAAAAAACAAUCUUUUUUUAAUGCCUAAAUCUGCAAAAUAUAUGCAAUGAUGUAAAUGUAACAUUCAAUCCUCAAGUAUAAUCCAGGUUGUAUGAACUUUGUAUAGUGAGUUUUAAUAUCGUAUGGCCGUACCAAUAUGUAUUGAUCUUUAUCAGAAGCCUUAGAGUUGUCGACCCAAAGUGCUCCCUUAGAAUACCCUACACCUACCUGAAUUUAACAAAGCAUUAAUAUUUCUAUUUUGUUGCAUUUUCAUUUGUACCCUUUUUGAAUAAAAUAGAUUUGUACUGUA